AUGUUCAAAUAUAUUGCUCUUUUCUUCGCCGUUUUGGCCGUUGCAUUCGCCGCCCCUAAGCCAGGCUUUGUUGCACCAUACGUCGCUGCCUCACCAAUUGCGUAUUCUGCAGGAUAUGUUGCACCAGCCUACAGCGCCCACUACACCGCCCCAGUUGCUGCCGCCUAUGCCUCCCCAUACGCCUAUAGUGCCUACAGUGCUUACACUCCAUACGCUUACGCUUAUUAA